AUAGUUACGUGCAAGCGAUCAAACUAAUAAGAUUGAAGACUCGAUCAAUUGGAGAACUCAAACUCAAAUCUACUCGUUGAUUCAUUCAACGUACAUAUAAUUGUUCCGUUCGCAUAAUUCAAAUUUAAAGGUGUUGAUAUGGAACGUGUCAGUCAACAGCAACAGUGCGUCAAGAGAAGAGAGGAUCCGAUGGCGGUGAUAGACAACGACGACGAGGAGCGACAACAGCCGAUGCCGUGGCCAACAAAGAGGCCAUGCAGCCGGGCGACGAUGCAAGUGCAAGUGCAGCAACCACUGCAGCAGCGGAAAGACGACUGCAACUCGACCAUGGACGCCAUAAGGGGCUACUGCCAGAAACGGAACAUGCCGUUAGACAUGUAUCGACCGGUGGCUAAACAAGACGCUGAUCGGUGCGGCGGCAAGUUCCGACUGUCUGAUCUGAUCAGCGAGCUGCACAGAGUGUUCGCCGAGGACCGAGUAAACGUCGAGUACGUGCAGUACCUGAUGGAAUCGUAUCGGAGUGACCCGGCCGAAUGGCUCAAGUACGCCAAGUUCAACAAGUUCCGGUAUACCAGAAACCUGGUGGACGCGGGUAACGGCAAGUUUAACCUGAUGGUGUUGUGCUGGGGCGAGGGCGACGCUUCGUCUAUACACAACCACCCGGAAUCGGACUGCAUAAUGAAAAUGCUCGCCGGGCAGCUGACCGAAGUGAGAUUCGCGUGGCCCGAAAAGUCCACUGUUAACGACGACGAAAACGAAGAUGACCAACAGCUCCAGCCCAUGUACGAACUCGGACGGACACUCCUGGAAACGGACAGCGUAUGCCACAUAAACGAUUCAAUGGGUCUACACCGCGUGGAAAACGCCAGUCACACCGACAAGGCUGUAAGUUUACAUUUGUACUGUCCACCGUUUGAAGAGUGUUCCACAUUCAACCAGCAAACGGGACACAAGACUACUGCCAAAUCGACGUUUUGGUCCAUUUACGGCGAAAAGGUUUCAAAGAAACAUGCUCAAGAACAGGUACCCGCAGAUGAUAAUUAAGUUGGAAUAUAGUAAAAACAAUCAAACAUAACAUGGACAAUAUCUUAUAUUUUGAUUUAGAUGAGAAUUACUAAUUAAAUCUACCACCUACAUAUCAUUAGUAUUUCUACGACUAAUUUUGUUAUCGUGUGCAAAAUUUUGUAUGAAAUAGUGUGUCAUGUUAGAUAUAAUGUAUAAU